CAUAGCGCAUGCACUGAUAUGAUGCAUACACUGUACACAGCUGCUGAUGUAAAUUCCGAAGGAGGAGACAUUUAGCUGCUUGUGAGAAAGAACUACAAUGACACAUCUCAACUUUGAAAGUGACGUCAACAGUCUCUUAAGGCUGGAUGGACCCAUGGGCGGCCCUGCCAUGCGGUGGCAGCGCAAGGCCACAGAGACGUCCAUGUGCAAUGCCUCCUUGAACAGGAGUUUAAACAAGAGCCUGAAUCGAAGCUUGAGCAAGAGCCUGGGCAAUGUGAGCGGCAUCUCGCCCAUGAAGACGUCCAAUCACUCCUUCAGCAAGACACCUUCAAAGUCCAGGACUCCCAGUGGCAAGAAGUCUAAAACUCCAGGCAAAACCCCCUCCAAGUUGCCCGUAGGCGAUCGUUUCAUCCCCAAUCGCAGCGGCACCAACUUUGACAUCAGCGCGUUCAAGCUCCUGAACUCGUCUGUCAGCAACCAGGAGAACCAGGAGACCCAGAGCCCCCAGAAGCUGGACUACUGCAAGACCAUGUCAGAUAAUCUGAACGGCGACCUGCUGAAUGCCAAGAUACUGUCCUACAAAAACAGGCCGCCGGUAGCACCCGAAGGCUUCCAGAACAACUUACGGGUGUUGUACAGUCACACCAAGACACCAGGCUCGACCAAGAAGUCAGUGAGGCACAUACCCCAGGUCCCAGAAAGGAUUCUGGAUGCACCGGACAUCCUUGACGAUUACUACUUGAAUCUGAUUGACUGGAGCCUGCACAACCACCUCGCCGUAGCCUUAGGCAACAACGUGUACCUGUGGGAUGCCAGCAGUGGCAGCAUCAACCACCUGAUGCAGCUGGAAGGCGAGGAGGACUACGUCUGCUCGGUGUCCUGGGUACAAGAAGGCAACUUUCUGGGCGUCGGGACCAGCAACGGGGACGUCCAGCUUUGGGAUGUAGCUGCCACAAAGCGGUUACGUAAUAUGUCAGGCCAUGCAGCCAGAGUGGGUUCCCUUGCAUGGAACAACUUCAUACUCAGCAGUGGUUCGCGAUCGGGAGCCAUCCACCAUCACGACGUGCGCGUCCAGAACCACCAGGUAGCCACCCUGGCCGGCCACACCCAGGAGGUAUGUGGGCUGAAGUGGUCCCCAGAGGGCCGUUACCUUGCCAGCGGGGGCAACGAUAACCUGCUCAAUAUCUGGCCCUCGGCCGCGCAGGGGGAUCCCACCACGCCCGUACACACCUUCACUCAACACCAAGCUGCCGUCAAGGCUCUCGCAUGGUGCCCCUGGCAACCCAGCGUUCUUGUUAGUGGAGGAGGUACAGCCGAUAGGUACCUACGCUUCUGGAACGUCAACACUGGCACCUGUCUCAACAGCGUAGACACUAAGUCGCAGGUCUGCUCGGUUCUCUGGUCCAAAGAACACCGGGAGUUAGUGUCAGCACACGGAUUCGCUCAAAAUCAACUCAUCAUCUGGAAGUAUCCGACCAUGAACAGAAUAUCUGAGCUGCUCGGUCACACGUCGCGCAUUCUGCACAUGUGCAUGAGUCCAGACGGCACCACCGUAGCCACAGCCGCCGGUGACGAGACACUGCGAUUGUGGAAAUGCUUCCAGGUGGAUCAGCAGCAGAAGACGGCCAAGAAGGGAAGCACGCAGAAAGCCUCGUCCGGUACCCUUAAGCUCAGGCAAAGCAUUCGCUAGAUCUGUCUGAUGCGAUGAUCGCGUUCGGUUGCAGGAGUGUAUAGACCUGUCUCUCAAAUGUUUUCAAAAUAAAGAGCUGUGCACAUGUAAAUAAAUUUGCAAUGAUCAAAGGUAUUAUUCAUGUACAGCCUUAGCUCAGUUUGCUAGCUCAAGACCAGUACACCAGAUUCUAACAUGCCAGCAGCUGAUUUACAUGAAACAGUGCGUAACUUACGCCAUGCAUAGGAAUUACGCCAUAAAUUUGUUGUGCGACUGGCGCAAACUGCGCAAUAAAGUUACGAUCGAUUUCACGAAAUUUGGCGUAGCUGCGCAACCUUUUAGAUAAUUUAAACACCUUGGACGAGAAUAUAACAGCAUUUACAACGGUUUAGGUAUGAUUUGGAAACAGUCGUUGAAUCAUCUCAGCCUGCCAUUUUGAAAGAAAAAAAAUGUCCAACUUUCUUCGGAUUCAUGCGGUAACUCUAAAACCUCUUAUCAGUUGUCACGAGUAAAAUAGCAAAUCUUUUACUUCAAACACAAAGCUGUGAGUACAUGUCUUGUAUCAGCCUUGAUAAGUUGUGCAAUAACAGACUCCACAACGAUCACAAUUUGCUGGAGAAAUAAGUAAUUUUCAGUCGCUACGCUACAAAAUACACCACCUAAAAUUAUUGCACAAGUUGCACCAUAAUAUGUUGCACAAGUUGUGGACUUGCGCACUACAAACUUUCAAGAAAUUGUCAUCAUGUGAACGGUGAAUGUUGCACAGCAUGAAAUUGUGGCUCAAGUAGGCUUGCGCCAUGGGGUUAAGGUUUUGUGAAAUCGGCUGCAGCUCUAUGGGCUCC